AUACUUACCUAGUUUCAUUAUACCUUGCAAAAGUCAAGCUCAUUGAAUCUCCAAAAGUGUAGGGUGUACAUAUACAAACAAAAAAAAGCAUGAGAUUAGCUUGGUUAUUCUCGACGCUUUCCCUUGUGCUCAUUUUGUUGAGCUUAAUUGGUCAGUGUUAUGGACAACUAAGAGUUGGGUUUUACAAUGGCAAAUGUGGGCAAAAUGAUAUCGAGAAGGUAAUAUAUAGAGUAGUGAAACAGAAAAUCGCAAGUGAUCCAGAUGUCGUGUCUGAUCUUGUUAGACUAUCGUUCCAUGACUGCUUCGUUAGGGGAUGUGAUGGAUCAAUUUUACUUAGGGGGAAGAAUACCGAGCAUAAAGCACGAGUAAAUAAAGGUCUUGCUGGACUAGAUCUUGUAAAUGAUAUUAAAGCAAUUGUUGAGAAGACUUGUCCACGAGUUGUUUCUUGUACCGAUGUUAUUGUUGUAGCUACUAGAGCUGCUAUUUUCUUGGCUGGAGGAAAAUGGUAUGAAGUAGAGACAGGAAGAAGAGAUGGGCGUGUGUCACUAAAAAGUGAAGCAGAAGCAAGCCUUCCUCCUCCAACAAUUCCUGUGCAUAAAGCCAUUGAGAUGUUUGCUAAGAGAGGACUUAAUAAAGAAGACUUCGUCGUUCUUUUAGGUGGACAUACAGUUGGAACUUCACAUUGUCACUCAUUCAAAGAACGUCUAUAUAACUUUCGAAAUACUAAAAAACCAGAUGCAACCAUAGCUCCAACUCUACUAAACCUCUUGCAGAAAACAUGUCCUCUACAUGAUCCGACGACGGACCGCCAAGCUUUCCUUGAUCAAACACCAGGGAGCCAUUUCAAGAUUGAUAAUGCUUACUACAAACAAAUUUUGGUACACAAAGGAGUUUUAGAGAUUGAUCAACAUUUAGCAUUAAGUCCGGCUACAAGAGGCCUUGUGAAGGAAUUAGCCUAUGAUCCUCAUCACUUUCUUAAUCAAUUUGGUCCAGCAAUGAAGAAAAUGUCCAAAAUUGGAGUCCUUACUGGCAACCAAGGGGAGAUAAGAAAACAUUGUGGUUAUGUUAAUUAGACUUUUCCUUGUUUGUUUCUAUUCAUAAUAGCAUCAUUUAUGUUACAGUCGAGGCAUAAUUAUUGCUGUCAUUCAUGUAAUGUAUAUGUAUCUAGUUAAAAAAAAAAAUCUAUAGUUAUUCGUUUGUUGUCUUUUCAUUUUUGGAUUGAACCUUAAAGAUAAAAGAUGCUUAUUACUGUAAUAUUGAUUGCUUGUGUGAAACAACAAGCUAAACAAGUGCUGCUAUCUAUGCAAAAUUAUAAUAAAAGAAAGAGUUGCUUUUGUACU